AUGAGUGCGAAACAACAGGCAAAAGAACAUUCACUUGAUAUUCCCCACAUUUCUUGUAUUGAAUUUCCUUUAAAGGUGAAAAAUGUUGAAAAGGCGUUCGAUAUGGUUGGUGGUGCUGACAACAUAAUACAGUCAUGUUUGGAUGAUCAAGUUCCAUUAGAAUUAAGAUUCACUAAAAAUAUUUAUGAGCAUCCAGUCAAUGCUAAAGUUAACAAGCGUGAACAUAUUUUGAUCAAGAUUUCAGUGCCUAAGAAAGAAUUCAAUGAAAAUAACAGAAAUAUUCAAAAGACGUUGGAACAAUUACACACAAAUGGUAAAAAACAAAUACAUAUAACACCACUUGCCAUCAUUAAUAAAACAUUCAGAUUUAGAGAAAUGUCAGAUUUCCAAUAUCAAGUCAAAAACAGUGAAUAUGUUCAACAAGUUAACGAAUCAAUACAUUCUCUGAACUUUGAUAAAAUAAAAGAACUCAGAUUUGAACAAGAUACAAGACCUUGGGACUUUGAUGUGAAAGAUAAGCAAUUGUUUGACCUACCUCCACCCCCAAGAUUCUCUUCAAUUCCGCUACCUUUCAAUUACCAUUACAAGAAAAAUGCAGCCUCUGUUGUAAAAGAAGGGAAAUUGACAAGAAAGAAUAAACACAUCAAAUUGAACUCCAUAAUUAUAAAAUUCAAUGAUGAAGCACCAAAGCAACCUUCAAUUGAAUUAUUAAACCAACUCAAAGUUUUUCAAAGUGAACAAGAUAAUCCAUUCUUCAAAGAUACAAUUAUAACAUUAGACAUUCUAAAGAAACUAUUUGAUGAGAAACCAAUAUGGAUAAGAAAACACUUGGAAGCAAUUUUACCAAAUCCAUUGAAACCUUGUUUGAAAUAUGCCCUACCACAAAUUUCAUAUUCAUUUACAAAAGGCCCUUGGAGACAAUCUUAUAUAAAAUUCGGUAUAGACCCAAGAACUUCUCCAAAGUAUGGGAAAUAUCAAACAGAAGGAUUUAGAGUUCCGAAUUAUUUCCAAAAAAUUCCAAAAGGUUUCAUGUCUGAAAUACCUAAUGGCGUUUCAGCUUCAUUCCAAUUCGAUGGGACUCAAGUGCCGUUGACACUUUCUUUCCAAUUGGAAAAUAUUCUUGAUGAACAAGUGCAAGACUUACUUAAAAAGGCCAUAAUAAGAACAGAGUGUGAUUUUCAAGAUGGUUGGUAUGAUGCAUUAUCCAUGUUUAAAGUUAGAAGAUUGAUGAGAUAUAAGUUAAAGGUGCUAGUUGAUGGUGGAAGAUUUGAAUCUGAUAAAAUCUCUCAUAUAAUGAACAAUCUACAAGUACAAGAAGCCAAUAAUGAGAAAGAUGAUGGAAGUGAUGAUGAAGAUGAAAUAGAGGAUGAGGAAAUAGAGGAUUAUGAACUUGAUGUCAAGGAAGCUAAUUACGAUGAAAUUGUGAAAUAUUUGGAGAAAUUCAAUGAGCGUGGAGCUACACAAAUUAAAGAGCUAUCGAGCUUGAUCAAGCAAAAAGAUCUUGAUAUCUAA